GACUAGAAGCAGACUGAAAUGCCUGUUGGUUUGUGUCAUGUGGAGGACUCAAAGCAGUUUGUAGGCGAGAUGAAACUAUUUAGGGGUCAAGGAAGUCAAAUGUCUGGAAAGCCGAGGAGAUGAAGUCUGGCCCUGUGGUAUGUUGGGGAAAACAGGGGGUACAAGUGCCUGAGAAACUUGCAUCUAAUUCCCAUACUGCCAGCAGGCUAAUUUAACCCUUCUGUGCCUCUGUUUUCCCUGUAAAACAGGGACAAUUCACAGCACUUCUUCCUUUUGGCAAGGGCUUGGGGGUAAGGAGGUACAACGCAUUGUGGGAGGGUUGGCACUGGAAGGGACCAGCACUGCAGCCUCAGGCCAGUUUUGGUCAUGACACUGGUUUUCCUUCCUAACGCAGGAGACAGGCGUCCUGUAGGCUGGUUGCCCAUUCAGAGAGGGACUCCAGCAAGGUGGUUUGGAUUUAGGCUCUGGCAGGAACAGCCCCACAGCUGACAGUGCUGUCCUGAAGCAGGGCGCACCACUGGGGCAGUGCGCUGCUUCCCCGGGCAUCAGCUCUCACAGCAAAAAUGCUCUGGGCAACAAACUUUGAUGUUGCAAAUAUACAUGUGCUGCAAUUUCCCAAGGUGGGAAUCAGAUGGGGCACACCAGCCCAGAAGAAGAUAUGGUUUACAUCUGCAGAGGUGUGUGGGUGACCAGAGUCCUGCUGAGCUGCAUCCUCAAAGUAUUCUGGACCUUCGCCCUUCUCCCAUAUUAGAUUUUUGUACUGAUGGCGACUAAAUGUACUUAUCUUCUAGCUUGUAACUCCCAAACUAUGGAGAGGAGGGCUGAAGACAACAGCCAGAGGCCGGCUCGGGAUGGGAGGAGAGGUAAGACAACUCCCAAACAUUCCGGCUAAGACCAUGUGAGUUUGCAUCUUGCCAGUGAUGGGACUGAGUGUACCUGGAUAAGAGGCAGGAGGAUAUGAAUCAUAUCAUAGAAACAUAUCAUAGAAUAUCUCAAGUUGGAAGGGACCCAUAAAGAUCAUCGAGUCCAGGUCUGUGUGCCUGAGAAGACAGGCAGGGGUGGUGGCUGGUGUCUACAGCAGUGCUUGUUACAGCUCAUUCCUCUCUCUGUCUAUGCCAGCUGCUCCUGUGUCUUCCCUUCUGGCUCUGCAACAGUGCCUCAUGUCCUACCCAAAUCACUCCAGCUCCACAUCCUUCACCCUGACAGGCAUCCCUGGGCUGGAGGAUGCUCAAUUCUGGAUCGCCUUCCCAUUCUGCACCAUGUACUUCAUGGCAGUACUGGGGAACAUCACACUCCUCCUAGUGAUUAGGCUGGACCCAAGCCUGCACCUGCCCAUGUAUUACUUCCUCUCCAUGCUGGCUGCCAUUGACCUCGUGCUCACCACUUCCACCAUACCCAAGCUCCUGAGCAUCUUCUGGUUCCAAUCCCACGAGAUCAACUUUGAGGGUUGUGUGGCCCAGAUGUUCUUCAUCCACGGCUUCUCUACGGCGGAGUCAGGGGUCCUGCUCACCAUGGCCUUCGACCGAUACUUGGCCAUCUGCAAGCCCCUGCGCUACUCUGCCAUCCUGACUGGCCCCACCAUUGCCAAGCUGGGUUUGGCUGCUGCGGUGCGCGGCAUUGCCGUCGUCACCCCUCCGACAUGCAUGGUGACCAGCCUGUCCUACUGCGGUCCCCGCAUCAUUCACCACUCCUACUGUGAGCACAUGUCAGUGGUGAAGCUGGCCUGUGGGGACACCCGGCCCAACAGCAUCUACGGGAUCACGGCUGCCACCAUCGUGGUGGGCUCAGACUCCAUCCUCAUCGCUGUCUCCUACAUGCUGAUCCUGAGGGAGGUCAUAGGCCUCUCCUCCAGAGACGCUCGUCUGAAGUCCUUCGGCACCUGUGGCUCCCACAUCGGUGUCAUCGUGCUCUUCUACACACCUGGGCUCUUCUCAUUCUACACUCAGCGCUGGGGCCAGAACAUCCCCGCGCACGUCCACAUCCUGAUGGCUGACCUCUACCUGCUGGUGCCUCCCAUGCUCAACCCACUCAUCUACGGGAUGAGGACCAAGCCGAUCCGGGAGCGGGUGCUGAGCCUGCUCUGGCAGAAAGAGAUCCAGUCUCAGUCCUGACUCCAGCCCAUCGCUAACACCAGGUGGCAAGGAAUAGGGUUUGGGCCAGGGACCAACGGCAGCAUGUUUGGGGAGCAAAGAAAAAGCUUAAAAAGCUGUCUAUUGGAAAAGCGGCAUGACUCCUUCAUCAUCUUGGCCAAACCCUGAAAGCUGGAGGCACCACGGAAAAUUUGACUGGUGAAACAUUAUUUUUAGAAAGUGAAUUCUACGUUUGUGUUCAGAAUGGAAAGAUAAAUCGUGUCUAUCUGUAUCUUUGGUCCUCCUCAGAUCUGUAUCACCUCAUGACUCUCCUCUUCAUCUCAGCUCUUGAUAAAAGACUGUUGCCACUUUGGAAAUGAAAGUCUGUUCAUGGAUUCAUCCUCCCCAUGUACCUUUUUCACCC